AUGGGGAACUUAAUAAGGUAUUUUAUCGCCCGCAUUCUGGCACCUUUCUUCCUACCCAUACCUAGCCAUUUUACGAUGACAAAUGCUAUUAUAAGAGAACUGGUAAAACGUGGACAUGAGGUCACAUUCAUAGCUCCGUUUUCGUUGGCCAAGGACUUGGGGCCAAACUAUAGAGAAAUUCUUUUGCACCAUUAUGACUCAUGGGGAGAUGUUUCUGCAAAGAUGAAUACAAAAUUGGCGCUGGAUAUGAUUGACUUGUCAGGAUCACACUUGCGUCUGAGCCAACACAUUGGUAUCCAAUCAACGGAUUUUGCACUGGCCCAUCCGGAAGUUCAGGAUCAAAUUCACGCCAAAGAUAAGAUCGGUAAAAUCGAUCUUCUCCUUGCGGCACAGUUCUACAAUGAGGGUGCUCUAAUGCUCGGCCAUCUCUACCAAGUACCCGUCAUUACCAUAGCACCCUUUGCCUAUGCCAACUACUUCAGCCAAAUCUUUGGCUCUAUAAAUCCCUUAUCAUACGUCCCAAAUACUUUAAUGAAAUGCACCGAUAGAAUGACAUUGUGGGAGCGAUUGAAAAAAGUCUCCUUUUACCCGGCCCAGGAUGCCAUUAUCAAGAAGUAUUUUGGCAAGUUUUUACCAGAAGUGCCGACGGUUACACGAAACAUCUCGGAUUAACUAAUAAACAGCUACAUGCCGCUGACAUCACCGAUACCAAUGUCCUUAAGCAUGAUUUCGGUGGGUGGACUGCAAAUCCAGCCACCCAAAGCUCUGCCAGAAAACAUAAAAAACUUCCUUGAUGAUGCAGAGUUCGGUGCUAUCUACUUUAGUUUAGGAUUUCAAGUGCGCAGUGCUGACAUGAUGAAGAUGUUCCUAGGAGUCUUCGGCAGCUUAGAACAACGUGUCCUUUAGAAAUUCGAAAGCGACCAGUGGUCGAAUAUUCCCGACAAUGUCAGGACUGAAAAGUGGUUACACCACGAUAUAUUGGCCCAUCCGAAUGUUAAAGUUUUCAUUGCCCACGGCGGACUCUUUGGAAUGCAAGAGGCAGUUUAUCACGCUGUUCCGGUGCUCGGAAUGCAAUUCUAUUUUGAUCAGGCUCUGAACUAA